AUGAUUCAAAACAACGAAGAUUUCAUAUAGGCUAAGUAAAAAGCCACUAGCCAGGAUAUUUAAUCACAAAUAGAGGCUUGUUAUUUAGAAUUACAGUAAAAUAUCGAUGUAUAUAUUUAAUUAAUUAUUUUAGAUCUCCUUCAAUAAAAUUGAUAAUUUUCUUGACUCCAUAAUCGAUGAUACCUUAAAUACCUUUAAUUAAAAUUUCCUAAUAUCAGAAUAAUCGACAACUAUUUAAUAUAAUAUUUCAUAACCCUCAUUUCAAAUCCCAGAUUUUGCUAAUUAAAUGGUUCAUCAAAUUGUCCCUUUAGUUAAGGCUUUAAUUGAAAAUCAAAUAAAAAAAAAGAAGGAAUUUCUAACUUAAGACUUUAUUCAAUAAGAAUAAUUAAAUCCAAAUUUUGAAUAAGAUCUGUUUCAAAACUAGUAAUUGGAGAUUUAAGAUCAAGAUAUUCUAGAGCUUAAAUAAACAUAAACUCUAGUACAAUAAUCAAUAGAACUAGAUGAUAAUUUAUAAUAAGUUGAUCCUAACAAUUUAGAAUUUAUGUAUUAACAAGGUUAAUAGUUAUUAUUAUUAUUAGCUAAUACUUUAACUAUAUUGAAUAAGUUUGAAGAUGCAAAGUAAUUAUACAAAGAUAUUAUCAAAAUUAGUCCAAAUCAUGAACUAUCAUACUAAAAAAUAGGUAUAUCAAAUAAUAAAAUAAUUUAGCUGAUAUAUUAAGAGAUUAAAAAUAUUAUUAGAAAGCUAAGGAUUUUUAUUCUUAAUGCAUUUCAAUCAAUUAUUAUAAUUCGGAUGCUUAUUUUGGAAUAGGUAAAAUUUAUGAAUAUUUAAUAAGGUGAAUGUUUAAAAGAGACUUAAUAAUUUUAUGAAGCAUAAUAUUAUUAUGUUAAAGCAAUUGAAAUUAAUUAAUCUAACUUAUAAUAUAAAUUUUGCUAUGGUAAAUACAUAUAUUCUUAUCAAUUAGGUAAUUGCUUAAGAACUUAAGGAAAAUAUCAUGAGGCCAUUUGUGUUUAUGAUGAAUGUUUAAUGAUAGAUAUUAAUCAUGCUGAAACAAUAGCAGCAAAGGGUAAAAAAAUAAUAAUAAUUAUUUUAGGAAUAUGUUUAAUCUAUAUUGGUAUGGAAGAUAAGGCGUUUAAUUAUAUAGAUUAUUCAAUAAAUUUAAAAAAAAACUCUCGUCUGGCAAUAUUUGGACUUGGUACUUUAUUUGAUUAAAAAUUAGGUUUAAUUUUAUUAACAAAGAAAGAUUACUUAAAAGCAUUAGAGAAAUUUGAUAAAGCUUUGGAAAUCGAUCCAUAAUCUAAUGAAAUUUUAUAAAUCAAAAGUAAAAUUAAUCUAAAUUUGAUAGUUGAUGUCCUAAUAUAAUAAGGCCAAUAUUAAUAAGUUAUUGAAUGUUUUGAUAAAAUUAUUACCCUAAAUCCUUAAUCUGAUGUAACUUUAAAAAACAAAAGUAAUUUUAAUUUAAUUAUUUAUAGUUUAUGACUUAACAAAUUAAUAGAAAUUAGAAGAAGCCAUUUAAUUAUUUGAUAAAUCGUUAAAAAUCAAUCCAUAAUCUAUUGAGAUCUUAGAAAUUAUAAGUAAAAUUAGUCUAAAUUUGAUAGUUGAUGUCCUAAUAAAAUGUGGCCAAUAAGAAUAAGCCAUUUAAUUGUGUGAUAAAUCAUUAGAAAUCAAACCAUAAUCUAUUGAGAUCUUAAAAAUGAAAAGUAUAAUUAAUCUAAAUUUGUUAGUUGAUGUCCUAAUAAAAUGUGGCCAAUAAGAAUAAGCCAUUUAAUUAUGUGAUAAAUCAUUAGAAAUCAAACCAUAAUCUAUUGAGAUCUUAAAAAUGAAAAGUAAAAUUAAUCUAAAUUUGAUAGCUGAUGUCCUAAUAUAAUAAGGCCAAUAUUAAUAAGUUAUUGAAUGUUUUGAUAAAAUUAUUACCCUAAAUCCUUAAUCUGAUGUAACUUUAAAAAACAAAAGUAAUUUUAAUUUAAUUAUUUAUAGUUUAAGAUUUAUCAAAUAAUCAUAAAUAUGAAUAUGCCAUUUAUUUCUGCGAUAUAUUAUUAGAAAUCAAUCCAUAAUCUAUUGAGAUCUUAAAAAUGAAAAGUAAAAUUAAUCUAAAUUUGAUAGCUGAUGUCCUAAUAAAAUGUGGCCAAUAAGAAUAAGCCAUUUAAUUGUGUGAUAAAUUAUUAGAAAUCAAUCCAUAAUCUAUUGAGAUCUUAUAAAUGAAAAGUAAAGUAAAUCUAAAUUUGAUAGUUGAUGUCCUAAUAUAAUAAGGCCAAUAUUAAUAAGUUAUUGAAUGUUUUGAUAAAAUUAUUACCCUAAAUCCUUAAUCUGAUGUAACUUUAAAAAACAAAAGUAAUUUUAAUUUAAUUAUUUAUAGUUUAUGACUUAUCAAAUAAUCAUAAAUAUGAAUAAGCCAUUAAUUUAUGCGAUAAAUUAUUAGAAAUCAAUCCUUAAUCUAUUGAGAUCUAAUAAAUGAUAAAUACAAUAAAUAGAAAAAUAUUAGUUAAUACCUUAGAAUAAAGUGGCUACCCUUACUAUGGUUUUUCUUGUUUUGAAAAAAUAAAUCCCAUCAAUGUUAAAUUUGGAGAAUAAUUUCAAUUAAAAUGUAAAUUUAAUUUUAAUAUUUAUAAUUUAAGAUUUAUCAAAUAUUCAUCAAUUUGAAAAAGCCAUUAAUUUAUGCGAUAAAUUAUUAGAAAUCAAUCCAUAAUCUAUUGAGAUUAUAUAAAUGAAAAGUAAAAUUAAUCUAAAUUUGAUAGUUGAUGUCCUAAUAAAAUGUGGUCAAUAAGAAUAAGCCAUUUAAUUAUGUGAUAAAUCAUUAGAAAUCAAUCCAUAAUCUAUUGAGAUUAUAUAAAUGAAAAGUAAAAUUAAUCUAAAUUUGAUAGUUGAUGUCCUAAUAUAAUAAGGCCAAUAUUAAUAAGUUAUUGAAUGUUUUGAUAAAAUUAUUACCCUAAAUCCUUAAUCUGAUGUAACUUUAAAAAACAAAAGUAAUUUUAAUUUAAUUAUUUAUAGUUUAUGACUUAUCAAAUAAUCAUAAAUAUGAAUAAGCCAUUUAAUUAUGUGAUAAAUCAUUAGAAAUCAAUCCUUAAUCUAUUGAGAUCUAAUAAAUGAAAAAUACAAUAAAUAGAAAAAUAUUAGUUAAUACCUUAAAAUUAUAUGAACCCCUUUACAAGGAUUUUUAUUGUUUUGAAGAAAUAUAUCUGACCAAUGCUUAAUUUGGAGAAUAAUUUCAAUAAAUAAGUAAAUUUAAUUUAAAUAUUCAUAGUUUAAGAUUUAUCAAAUAAUCAUAAAUAUGAAUAAGCCAUUUAAUUUUGGGAUAAAUUAAUUGAAAUCACUCCAUAUUAUAUUGCUUUCUUAUAAAUGAUAAGUAAAAUUAAUCUAAAUUUGAUAGUUGAUGUCCUAAUACAAUGUGGCCAAUAAGUAUAAGCCAUUUAAUUAUGUGAUAAAUCAUUAGAAAUCAAACCAUAAUCUAUUGAGAUCUUAAAAAUGAAAAGUAUAAUAAAACUAAAUUUGAUAGUUGAUGUCCUAAUAAAAUGUGGUCAAUAAGAAUAAGCCAUUUAGUUUUGUGAUAAAUUAUUAGUAAUCAAUCCAUAAUCUAAUGAGAUCUUAAAAAUGAAAAGUAAAACUAAUCUAAAUUUGAUAGUUGAUGUCCUAAUAUAAUAAGGCCAAUAAGAAUAAGCCAUUUAAUUAUGUGAUAAAUCAUUAGAAAUCAAUCCAUAAUCUAUUGAGAUUAUAUAAAUGAAAAGUAAAAUUAAUCUAAAUUUGAUAGUUGAUGUCCUAAUAAAAUGUGGUCAAUAAGAAUAAGCCAUUUAGUUUUGUGAUAAAUUAUUAGUAAUCAAUCCAUAAUCUAAUGAGAUCUUAAAAAUGAAAAGUAAAACUAAUCUAAAUUUGAUAGUUGAUGUCCUAAUAAAAUGUGGUCAAUAAGAAUAAGCCAUUUAGUUUUGUGAUAAAUCAUUAGAAAUCAAUCCUUAAUCUAUUGAGAUCUAAUAAAUGAAAAAUACAAUAAAUAGAAAAAUAUUAGUUAAUACCUUAAAAUUAUAUGAACCCCUUUACAAGGAUUUUUAUUGUUUUGAAGAAAAAAAUAUGACCAAUGCUUAAUUUGAAGAAUAAUUUCAAUAAAUAAGUAAAUUUAAUUUAAAUAUUUAUAGUUUAGGUUUUAUCAAAUUAUCAUAAAUAUGAAUAUGCCAUUUAAUUAUGUGAUAAAUUAUUAGAAAUCAAUCCAUAAUCUAUUGAGAUUAUAUAAAUGAAAAGUAAAAUUAAUCUAAAUUUGAUAGUUGAUGUCCUAAUACAAUAUGGCCAAUAUGAAUUAGCUAUUGAAUGUUUUGAUAAAAUAAUUACCAUAAAUCCUUAAUCUGAUGUAACUUUAAAAAACAAAAGUAAUUUUCAUUUAAUUAUUUAUAGUUUAUGACUUAUCAAAUAAUGGUCAAUAUGAAUAAGCUAUUUAAUUAUGUGAUAAAUCACUAGAAAUCAAUCCUUAAUCUAUUGAGAUCUAAUAAAUGAAAAAUACAAUAAAUAGAAAAAUAUUAGUUAAUACCUUAAAAUAAAAUAGCUACCUUUACUAGGAUUUUUAUUGUUUUGAAGAAAUAAAUCUUAUCAAUGCUUAAUUUGAAGAAUAAUUUCAAUAAAUAAGUAAAUUUAAUUUAAAUAUUUAUAGUUUAUGAUUUAUCAAAUAAUCAUAAAUAUGAAUAAGCCAUUUAAUUAUGGGAUAAAUUAAUUGAAAUCACUCCAUAUUAUAUUGCUUUCUUAUAAAUGAUAAGUAAAAUUAAUCUAAAUUUGAUAGUUGAUGUCCUAAUACAAUGUGGCCAAUAAGUAUAAGCCAUUUAAUUAUGUGAUAAAUCAUUAGAAAUCAAACCAUAAUCUAUUGAGAUCUUAAAAAUGAAAAGUAUAAUAAAACUAAAUUUGAUAGUUGAUGUCCUAAUAAAAUGUGGUCAAUAAGAAUAAGCCAUUUAGUUUUGUGAUAAAUUAUUAGUAAUCAAUCCAUAAUCUAAUGAGAUCUUAAAAAUGAAAAGUAAAACUAAUCUAAAUUUGAUAGUUGAUGUCCUAAUAAAAUGUGGCCAAUAAGAAUAAGCCAUUUAAUUAUGUGAUAAAUCAUUAGAAAUCAAUCCAUAAUCUAUUGAGAUUCAAUAAAUGAAAAAUACAAUAAAUAGAAAUAACAUAGUUAAUACUUUAAUUUAAUGUGGCUACCUUUCUUAGGAUUUUGAUUGUUUUGAAUAAAUAAAUUUCAUCUUUGCUUAAUUUGAAGAAUAAUACUUUCAAUAAAUAAGUAAAUUUAAUUUAAAUAUUAAUAGUUUAUGACUUAUCAAAUAAUGGUCAAUAUGAAUAAGCCAUUGAAUUAUGUAACAAAUUAUUGGAAAUUAAUCCAUAAUCUAUUGAGACUAUAUCAAUGAAAAGUAAAAAUAAUUUAAAUUUGAUAGUUAAUGUCCUAAUACAAUAUGGCCUAUAUGAAAAGGUUGUCGAAUGUUUUGAAAAAAUAAUUACAAUAAAUCCUUAAUCUUCUGAUACUUUAAAAACCAUAUGUAUAUUUUAUGUUAAUUUAAAUAGUUGGUUGCUUAAUAUAUCAUGGUAUUUAUUAAUAAGUCAUUUAAAAAUGCGAUAAAAUUAUGGAAAUCAAUCCAUAAUCUGAUGAAAUCUUAAAAAUGAAAAGUAAAUUAAAUUUUAAUUUAAAUAGUUGAUUACUUAAAACAUUAAAAUUAAUUUGAAAAAGCGAUUUAAUUAUGUGAUAAAUCAUUAGAAAUCAAUCCAUAAUCUAAUGAGAUUAUAUAAAUGAAAAGUAAAAUUAGUCUAAAUUUGAUAGUUGAUAUCCUACUAUAAUUUGGUCAAUAAGAAUAAGCUAUUUAAUUUUGUGAUAAAUCAUUAGAAAUCAAUCCAUAGUCUAUUGAUAUCUUAUAAAUCAAAAGUAAAAAUAAUCUAAAUUUGAUAGUUGAUUUCCUACUAUAAUUUGGUCAAUAAGAAUAAGCCAUUUAAUUUUGUGAUAAAUUAUUAGAAAUCAAUCCAUAGUCUAUUGAUAUCUUAUAAAUCAAAAGUAAAAAUAGUCUAAAUUUGAUAGUUGAUGUCCUAAUAAAAUGUGGCCAAUAUUAAUAAGUUAUUGAAUGUUUUGAUAUAAUAAUUAACAUAAAUCCUGAAUCUGAUGUAACUUUAAAAAACAAAAGUAAUUUUUAUUUAAUUAUUUAUAGUUUAUGGCUUAAUAAAUUUAAAUUAAUUUGAAUAAGCGAUUUAAUUAUGUGAUAAAUCAUUAGAAAUCAAUCCAUAGUCUAUUGA